AUGUGCUCCUCUUACCUGCAGCAGAGCUGGGCAGCCUCGGCCGUGGGCUCCCACAGGAAAUCCUCGGCCGUGGACUCUCACGAGAGAUCCUCGGCUGCGGGCUCCCACGAGAGAUCCUUGGCUGUGGGCUCCCACGAGAGAUCCUCGGCCGUGGGCUCCCACAGGAAAUCCUCGGCUGUGGGCUCCCACCAGGCAUCCCCUGCUGCAGCACAUUGGGGAAAACCUGAGGGUCGUGCAACACAGCAGAAAGGAACCGGGACUCAGCAGACAAACGGUUUCGACACAGAAUCCUGGCGGCCGCGGUGCCGCGAAAUGACCGUUAAAGUUGCCGGCUCGGAAUACGCUAACGAGCUUAAAGAAGCCGUGGGCAUCUCGGUGGAGUUCGUGUCCCACCUCACCUGCGCCUUCGCCCACAGCACCCAGCCCAGCCGGGUGGAACGAGCCGCCAAGGCCACCGUCAACAUGGGCAGCAAGGUGGGGGCCGGGGUGGCCAUGACCAACCUGCCCGGCAUCGUGGUGCUGGCCUUCGCCAAGGCCCAGCUCAUCCAGAUCUUCUUCUUCCGCCUCAACCUCAUCAUCACGCUGGUGGGGCUGGCCCACGGCCUCGUCUUCCUCCCCGUCCUCCUCAGCUACAUGGGACCCAGCCCGCGGGUGCCGGCGGGGGACGCGGCAGGGGACACGAGGGAGGACGCGGUGGCCGGCUCAGAGCAGGGUGCGGGGCUGGCCCUCAGCAACCCCUGCUUCGAGGACAAGGACAAGGCCACGGUCCCUGGGCAGGGCUGAGCCCCACUGGCCCUCA